AUGAUCAAAUCCAAGAGUGAUGGCAUGGAAUUUGGAAAAUUAUGGGUGGCUGCUAGUGGCAAGAUAUGCAUGUUGCAAGAUUCAACUGCAGAUAACAAACGUUUACUACGAGUAUCGUCUUUGAGUAAACAGUCAACUGUAGAUUGCAAAUGCGUGAAGAUUAUUGGACACUUAGAAGAUGUGAAAUGGCCAACUAUCCCCAGAAAAUAUCGCCCGAGCCCUGGACCCCUUUCCUUAGGAGAUUGGACGCAAAAUCGACAUAUAUGGCUAUACUAUGUGGAGAGCGCAGAUGAUUUGCUCAUUGAAGAUGACGUACUAAAAUCUACACAUAGCAAAUACUGGUCCAUUCACGAUGUUCAACGGUAUUUUCUGGGAGAGCUUCACUGUGAACAAGUUCUUUUUACGUAUCAGUACCCUAAUUUAAAACUGCCUUCCGAUCUUGGCAGCUAUUUAUGGAAAGCCAAUACAGCCUUGAAACUGCCACCCGCUAUAUAUUUGAAAGAACUGCAUUUGUCUUUGGAAAUUACAUUAAAGAAACUGGAAGCUAACCAAACUCAAAUCGACCGACUAAUCUUAUCCGACCAAUUAGUAAAUAUCAACCGCCUAGAUUACUUUAAACGGAAGACAUUUUUCAAACUCCUGCAUAGUAUUAUCGGCUCACAGGAAAGAUUGCAAUUGGUAUCGUUGGAAAACCUGAGCUGUAGCAGAUUAGAAGGAGUACGCUUGAUACAACAAAUCGCUUGUUUCACUGCUAACACACUAAAAUACUUAUUCCUCUGGCGCUUUGUCUUGUCCAACGAGAAUCCUAUUCUUGUUAACUAUAGCUAUAUUACAGGUAGUGGAAAAUAUUUACCAAGGCCGGACACAAAACAAUGCUUUUUACGAAGUCUGGCUGAAUUAAGAAAUCUGCGGAUACUUGCGUUAGAGUAUGCAUAUAUUGCUGACGGAUCUGGAUACGCAUUGCUUUCGUUGUUACCUGUUAUUCGUCGUCCACAUUUUCGUUUGCAGAUAAUUUGUCGUGAAGAUCAAAUUCCCGGUCGUGUCGACACGGCGCUUGGCGUCGGAGGAUAUGAAAUACCCGACACCGCUUGGCGUCGAGUAACUAUUGCUUGCCCUGACCUCUAUCUAUUUAUGUCAUUCUUUAGAGUACGUGACUAUGAUAAUAUUCAACGGUUCCUAACGCCCAGCAUGCCAUUACGUGAAGUACACUUGCUGCUCGGAAUAGACUUGAAAAUUACGCAGCGGCAGGACUCGGAUAUGAGCUGUUUUAUGCGUCUCCUCGCUCACCGAUACGCUAGUGUUUUGGUUAAACUGAGUAUUCAUCAAUGGCGUUCUGUGGAGUUGUCAUUAAGUCGAGUCAUAAAAAUGAUGCCGAAUUUAUGCCAGCUCAUGUACACGGGACGUAUAUGCACAAUGGAUCUGCACGAUACAAUCUCUAUUGUUGCAUGUGGAGUGUGUGACAAAUUAAAAGAACUCAUAAUUCAGAUUCAAGACGAUGAAUCUAAGGGACCCUACUGGCAAAAGAUUGUAGAGAAUUAUACCAACGAAUUUAAAGAGAUAAUGAACCUGUAUAACAUUAAAUUUAUUCUUGAUAUUUACAAAGUCUAAUGUCGAGCACUUUUUUUUCUUUGGGUAUCUGUUACCGGCAAAGUCUAUACAUUCAGGCAGUUUAAAACUUUAAUACCCAACUCGUCUACGCAAUGUAUAAAAUUACGGGUAAGGGUCAGGUGACGAUGUAUAUUUCUGUGAAUGCGGUUUUUCUUCGAAAGUACUGAACUAUAUUACUUUAAACUAACCUAAAAGAGAAAUAGCAAACAUCAAGAAAAGUAGAGCAGCAAGGUUCAGUUUUUCAGUCUUAAAAGAUUUAAAACAAUAAUAACAAUAUUGGUAAGAACUGAUGCUACAGGGUUGUGAAAUAGAUUCCCGCUUUUUUGACAUUAUAAACAGAAGUAACACCCUUGGUGGAAAAUGCUGCAACAUGGUCACCGCACAUUUCACUCUUUCAGUUAAAUCUGCACAUUGCCAGCUGAAUGUUCGGCAAUCUGUUCAAUGUCUAGGCCAUAUAUUAAAUUUAUUUCCUACUUAUAUAGUAUUAUACACUUUGCCGGUAAGAUAUCUAUUAGCACAAUAUACUUAAACAACAUACAAAUUAAAAAGUAGAAAAAGAUGUGUAAUAAAUAAAGACGAUUUCUUCA